AUGAAACAAAAUACUUCAAAUAAUUAUUUUGAUUCUAGUGAUUCAUUAACUAGUAAAAAUAUUGAGUCAAUCCCAACUUUAGAUAAUUCAGUUAAGGAAAAUAUGACAUCAUUAUUUACAUCAAAUCAAUGGGUAGAAAAUAAUAAUUCAAAUUCAUCAUCUUUAUUAAGUAAUAUUUCAUGUUCAAAUAAUAAUAUUAGUUCACCUCAAAUUAAUCCAACCAAAGAACAACAAAAAAAGUCAAAUGAUUCUCCAGGUACUGGUGCUUAUGUUAGAGGAAGACCAUCAGCUUGUGUUUUUGUAGCUAGUUUAAGAUCAAGCAUGUCCGAUGAUGAAUUAUGUGUUUCAGUUACUAAUCAUUUUGCAAAAUGGGGGCAAUUAUCAACAGUUAAAGUUUUAAGAGAUACAAGUAAUAGACCAUAUGCUUUUGUUCAAUAUGUUAAUGAACAGGAUUCAAAAGAUGCAAUUAAAUAUGGUCAUAAUUCAGAAUUAGGUGGUAGAUAUAUUAGAUGUGAAGCGGCUAAAGUUAAUAGAACUUUAUUUAUUAGAUCAAAAAAUCUUUUAUCAGAAAUUUCAAUUGAAACUAAAUUAUCAUCAUAUGGUGAAAUUGAAGAUUUAUCACCAAGUAAUUCUAAAGGUCAAGUUUAUAAUAAUGCACCAGCUUUUCAAGGUUAUAAUAAUUGGUUUUGCAAGUUUGUCUAUAGAGAUGAUGCUAUUAAAGCAUAUGCAAGUUUAACUGAAGAAGGAAUUUAUCAUGUUGAUUGGGCUCAAAAUGUUGAUAAAAGAAAUACAAUCAAAUAUAGAAAAAAUGAAGAUAAUGAACCAAAAGCAGCUUUUGAUAAAUUUUCAAUAUUUAUUGGUCAAUUAAGUUCAAAUGUUUCAGAAAAUGAUUUAAAAGAAAGAUUUGAAAGACAUGGUGGAAUAGAACAUCUUCAUUUAGUUAGAAAACCAGAUAAUACUUUUGCAUUUAUUACUUUCCUUGAUGAAUCAAGUGCAGCUAGAUCUGUUGAAGUUGAAAAUCAUUCUAUGCUUUGUGGUAAAACUAUGCAUGUUCAAUAUCGUGAAAUUCAAUCAUCUGAUCUUGGUUCAAGAAAUUUUAAAGUUGCAUUAGCACCACCUCCAAUUAACUUAGGAAGAAAAAAUUCAAUGAAUAAUUCAUCAAAUAAAUUUUUUAAAUCAAGAUUUAAUAAUUAUUCAAGAGGUGAUAGAUUUAAAGGAAGAGAUGAAAGAAAUGAAACUAAUCAAAAAUUUUUUAAUGAAUCAAAUGAAAAUAAAAAUGAUAAAAGAUUAGAUCAAGAUGAUAACUUUAAUUGGCUGGUUUCAAAAUUAGAUUUAAAAGAUGAUGAAAAUCAAAAUUUACAAUCAUCAACAAUGAAAUCAAAUUUAGGUUCAAAAUCUAAUCAUGAAGAAUCUAAUGUUAUUGAAAAAUCUUUUAAUGAUACUCAUGAUUCAACAAAUAAUUCAAAUUUGAAAAAGGAAAUGGUUUUUCCAAAUUUAACUCCUAGUACAAGUUCUGGUUUCCCAUUAUUUUAUUAUGUUCCUGCUGAUAAUAUUAAUUUUCAUAAUUUUAAUUCUAAUCAUACUAAUACUCAACCACCAUAUUUUAAUGUUUAUUCUCAAUAUUAUUCACCUCAAGUUCCUCAAAAUCUUCAUUCUGUUCAAAUUGGUCAAUCGGAAAUUCCUACUGAAGUUGGUAAUAAUAAUACAAAUGUUCAACCUAAUGUUAAUAUGAAUGAUUUUACUCCUUUAGGUGCAAUUCAUCCACAAUCUUCUUUUGGAUAUCCUAAUUUUGCUUAUUUUACUAAUGAAAAUGAUGAUUCUAAAACAGAUGAAGAAUAA